AUGCCACCCAAGAAGAGUUAUCAAAAGAGAGAACCUAAGGUUGCUGUUACCAACGAUCCUCGUUUUACCAGUGUACAUAAUGAUCCUCGUUUCUUGAGACCCAAGAAGAAGGAUAUGAAGGUCACCAUUGACAAACGUUUUGCUGGCAUGAUGAGUUCCACUGAAUUCAGUGAUGGACCUCGUGUGGAUAAAUAUGGUCGUCGAUUAAACCAAGGCACAGCCGAAAAGGAAUUAAAGCGUUUCUACCAACUCGAAGAAGAAGAAGACGAAGAAGAAUCCGAUGAGGAUAAAAGUUUAGAACAAUUAGAAAAGGAGCUUGCUGAAGAUGAGGAGAACUUGCUCGAUGAGGAAUCUCAAAACGAAGAGGAAGAAUCUGAUGAGGAAUUAAGUGCAAAGGCAGGUUUUGAUCCUAUGCGUGGACGUGGUGAAAUCUCUUCUUCUGAUGAGGAUAGUGAUGAGGAAGAAGUGGAAAGUGAAGAGGAAUUAGAUGAGAUUGAUGCUAGUAAACAUAUUGGUGAAGGAGAAGAGACGAGUCGUUUAGCCCUGGUGAAUAUGGAUUGGGAUAAAAUUAAGGCAGUGGAUAUCUUGAAAGUACUUUCUGGUUUUAAACCCGAUACAGGCAUCAUUAAGAGUGUAGCUAUUUACCCUUCCGAGUUUGGUAAAGAGCGUCUUGUGUUGGAAGAUACCCAAGGUCCCCCACAAGAAAUCUUUCGUAACAAAAAGAUAAACGAGGACAGUGACAAUGAAGAAGUCACAGCCGAAAGCAUUGUCAAGAAUCAAUUAGAGGAAGGAGAUGGUCUUGAUUUCGAUCAAGAAGCUUUACGUAAAUAUCAAUUGGAUCGUCUUAAAUAUUAUUAUGCUGUUAUCGAAUGUGAUUCCCCUCAAACUGCUAAAGUCAUUUACAAGACCUGUGAUAACACCGAAUAUGAAAGUAGUGCCAAUUUCUUUGAUUUACGUUAUAUCCCUGAGGAUAUGACCUUUGAUGAUGCUCCCAAGGAAAUCGCUACAGAAGCACCUGAAGGUUAUACACCCACCAAAUAUAAAACAGAUGCCUUACAACGUACCAAAGUCAGUUUAACCUGGGACGAAGAUGAUGUGGAUCGUUUCCAAGUCACACGUCGUGAAUUCACACAAGAUGAUAUCAAGGGUCUUGAUUUCGAUGCUUAUCUCGCUUCUUCCGAUGAAGAUGAGGAAGAAGAAGAGGAUGUAGAUGCUUUACGUGAAAAGUAUCGUAAAUUAUUAGGUGGUAACCAUACCGAAUCUGCUUAUGAAGAUAAACCUCAAGGUGAAGAUGAAGGUGAUAUGGAGAUUACCUUUACACCUGGUUUAAGUGAAAAAGCUGGUGCAGCCGUUAAAAACAAGGAUACAGUGGAACAAGAAGAGACUUCAAUUGAGACUUAUAUGCGUAAACAAAAGGAAAAGAGAAAGGCCAAGAAACUUGCAGCUGCCACUGUUACAUCUGACAAGGAAGAAGAA